AUGGCGGACCGGCUCACUCAGCUGCAAGAUGCGGUGAACUCGCUUGCAGAUCAGUUUUGUAAUGCCAUUGGAGUGUUGCAGCAGUGUGGUCCUCCUGCCUCUUUUAGUAAUAUUCAGACAGCAAUUAAUAAGGAUCAGCCAGCUAAUCCUACAGAAGAGUAUGCCCAGCUUUUUGCAGCACUGAUUGCACGAACAGCCAAAGACAUAGAUGUUUUGAUAGAUUCCUUACCAAGUGAAGAAUCUACAGCUGCUCUACAGGCUGCUAGCUUGUAUAAGCUAGAAGAAGAAAACCAUGAAGCUGCUACGUGUCUGGAGGAUGUUGUUUAUCGAGGGGAUAUGCUUCUGGAAAAGAUACAAAGUGCACUUGCUGAUAUUGCCCAGUCACAGCUGAAGACAAGAAGUGGCACCCACAUGCAGUCUCUUCCAGACUCAUAG